CUCGAACUUGCUAUCCCCUGAUUCGAAAUCCAGCACACUAACUACUGAGCCACAGCCUCCCUCCGUUAAUGAUACCAUCAGGUUUGUCCACAAGGAUAAUCUCCACAUAUUAACACCUCUUUAAAAUAGUUGAAGUGUAAAUGCAAUCUCCAGAAGUAAAAGGGUACAUUUACGCUAUAAACAAACUAAAUUACGGUCACAUGACUUCAAGUCACCACCGCUAAGCUAAAAUAGGCUAAUGUUCGGCGAGAUGACGUUUACCACUUGUUAGCAACCCCUGUUCUUUUUACACAUAUAAGCUUCAGACAUUCAGGUGUGUUUACUGAAGAAUUUGAUGUCAAAGAUUUUGUUAACCACAGACCUUAUUUUCCGUUGAAGUCCCAGAAGUGCUAAAUGCUAACUCAUCCCCAGGUUUAAGGACUCAUCCCUGCACCACUCUAUUUCAGUGGAGUAUGUAUGAGUUAUCGAGAUAUUUCAGUGGACACCUCUCUAAUGUUUGAGUUCCCCUCCAGUGCUUACAUCCUAUCAUCGCCACGGUUACACAGAGAUAUAUGUGUAUGUGAGUGUCACGGAACUCCGUCCCCAUGGUGACGGUAAACAGUUUUGUCAGUGUAACUUACACACAGGUGAAACAUUAGCCGGACAAAACUAAAGAGACACACACACACACACACAUAUACACAAACACACACACACUCUGGUCAGGACAGAUGGCGGAUCCACAGGGAACAUCUAAGCCCAUCAACUUUGUGCAUCAAGAUGAAAUCUGGAAAGCACAUGUAAAAGUUGAGAAGGAUUCGGCUUCUGUCUGGCCAAGCAAGUGGGGCUCCCUGACCGAGGCUUACAAGGAGUACGAGAGGGAGUGUGUGAAGUUAAAGGAGGUCUUAAGAGCGGAGCCUCCCAGUGGCCCUGCAGCACGACCUUUGACCCCUACAGAAAGAAAUAUCCAAGUGGCUCCUGCUCCUCCUGUCCCUCAAACAACGCAGGCUCUGAUUGGCUGGCGCUCAGGUCAUUCAAAUCUUCAGCUGGAAAAAUACGCCACAGUGAAUCAUGGGAGGUGUAGUUUUCUGAAGGAACUAGGCUGGCCUUUUGGCGCUUGCAGCUGAUUGGAACUUGUGACUUUUACCGAAAAAUAACUGACUGACUUAUUAGUGAGUUAUGCUUAUGUAGAAUUACAAAAAUUAAA